AUGGGACCUCCAAAGGCUUGGUUUAAGCUCAUGAAUACAAAAAGUACCUGGGGCCAAGUUCCAUUGACAGGAGUUGAAAAUGUGUAUGACCUCAAGAAGGCUAUCAAGAGUGAAGUAGCACCUGAACUUGAUACAUAUGCUUCAGUCAAACUCACUCUCAAGGCCACAAAGAUGGUUAAAGAUGUUAAUAAAGCAAUCGAACUGGAUGAAGAACAAGAAUUGGCUUCCAUUCUCAAGAAUUUUGACAUGACAGUACUGGAUGAUGUUACUUGGGUCCAAAGGUCCUUUGCUAAGAAUAUCCGGCUUUUUGUGUAUACCCCAUCUGAGACAAUGCCUAUUGCAAAGAAAGCUCGCAUAGAUAGAACUUUGGCAUCCAUUCUGGAAGGGCAGACACUAAAGCAGCAACCUGAUUCACCAGAGUUUUUGCACAACUUUUAUGAUCGGCGAAAAUUUAUCAAGGAGGUUAUACCUGUUGUCACCUCAAACUACAACAACCAUGGAAAUAUUGAUCACAAAGUCCACACUUUUAUGCUGCUUCCUGGUGGAUCAGGGAUAGGCAAAUCACGCUCAGGAUGGGAAUUGCAACACCUGGUCACCCAUGCAGACUACUUUGGAUUUAAGUUUGAUAUUCGUGUUUCUGAAAUUGACUUGUUCCGGGAAGCUCUUCAAAACCCCUACUACCUUCAUAUCGAUCUCAACAAUGGAUAUUCAUAUGAUCAACAAUUUGAUGAAAAAUAUAGUGCAAGUGUGCGAAUAGGUGCACGUCUAGCAGUAGCUUCAGGUUUGAGUGAUGUGCAACUAAGUGACAUGAUGGACAAUUAUCCUGUUGAGCUCUUUAGCAUGCCUGAGAUAAUACAAGAGAUAUUUAAACGCCGCUUUGAAGCACACAACCGUACUCUUGAUGUUCUUAUUAUCCACAUAGAUGAGUAUCAAGUGUACAUUAAUGAUGCCCAACAGGCAAACCGGUCAUGGGAUAAAGCUCGUAACUUCUUCAAGCAGAUGCUAAAGGCAAUUGGUAGUAUUAUGCGCACCAAUAUUGUCAUAGAUGGUCAUCCUAACAAGCAGUACUUUGUUGUCCCAAUAUGUACUGGGACUUCUGCCAUUGAUAUACACUUUUUGCCUACAGAUCAUACUAGAAAAAUAAUUCCACUGAAGCCUUUGGAUUACACCUCAGCAGUAGAAAUGUUUCGUGACAAAUAUGAAUAUUCAAGACAGACUACUGAUAAGAACAGGAUGGCUGUGAAGCAGUCUAUUAUGAAGCAUCAUGGUGGUUCACUUUCAGACAGUGAUAUCAACAAAUUUUCAACAAAACUGUGCAACUUAAUCUUGGAGCAGUCACACUUUAAUAUUGCAUUGCAUGAUACAGGCUUUAUUCCAAAAUUUAUUGAUGAUUUCUUACAGCAUUCUGAGCCUGAAAUCAACUUUGAUUGGGGAGGGGCUCUUCUUGACCGCAUGUCACAACGACCUAUUCAGAUUGCUAAUGCACCAGGCUGCUGGAGGUCUCAUGAUGACAUCCGCAUCAUAAUCUCAUUAGGGCUUACAAGACUGGCUGUUACACGAGAGUUUAUGCUACCUAGUGGGAAUUCUAUUGGUGAGGUUGAAAAGACUGGUUUGAUUUAUCUAUCAAGGCCUUCCAAAUCUGACAAUAUAGAAUUGGUUAACAUUACUAUGCCCUUUAUGCUAUUGAAGAUACUCAACAAGAUGCUCCAAUAUACUUCAGAGGGACCUGUUAUUCCAGAUCAUCUGCUACUGAUUCCAAACAAAGAUCGCCCUUGGUUAUGGCAAGACUUUGAAGUCCUUCAUGGAUAUUAUCAAAAGGCACUAAUUGAGGCUUUAAUCAACCUUAAAGAUGCAAAAGUUCGGGCUUUGGAGGACAGAAUUGGAGACCUUAAAAAAGAGCUGGCAGGUGUAAAGGGGGCACAAGCUUAUUAUAUUGAGAAAGAAAUCAGCCAUCUCACUGAUGAGAAGCAAAAAAAUUGGCACCUGUCUGAUGUCUUUCGAGGUGCAAAAGGUGAUGCAGCUCUUCUUCAACAUGAAGUGAUAUUGCACAAAGUGGGUGUCUUCACUGAAAAAGAGAGGUUUCUCACAUUAUCCAAAGACACUGCACUCUUCAACACUCAAGUAACAUGUGAUGAUGGUAUUACCCGAGAUCUCAUGAAUGGCAUUUACCAUCAUGCUACCAACAAUGCCAAUAUGGACUAUCGUUGGGCUAUUGAUUCUGUUUCUGGAAAACCAUUAGCAAUCUUCAUGCAAGACAAGCAUUCACUACUUGAAACAACUAACUCUGAAAUUACCUACAAAGAACUUUUCAAGUGGUAUACAACAACACUAGAAUCAGUCAGAAGAUAUAGAGACCAUUAUGAUGUGGUUCUUGUUUUUUUCACAAAUCGGGUUUGCAAAGGUUCAUCUGAUCUUUCAGACAUGCCUCAGCUGCUGCUUAUUGAUUCUGACUGUAUUCAGGAAUAUCUUUCACCAUCAUUUGCCCAUCGUGGUCUAGUGAAGCCAGAAAACAACUAUGAAUCUGAACAAAUUCUGUCUGUUUCUAUGGAUAUGCAAUAA